AUGGACGCGAGCAUAGCGCGGCUGAUGGAUUUGAGUCCCCCAGGGCCGUUUUGGAACCAAGUUGUGGGGACUUUGGCCAACAAAGGUUUGGUGGAAUCGCCCAAAAUUCUCUCAAACUUGCACUCCGUGCUGUACGUGGCUCUGGGCUACCAUAUCGUGUUCCUGGUGAGCAAAUGGAUACUGUUCCCCCCGCUGGUGCAGUGGCGUCUUGCACACAGCAAGGACCACUCGCAUCGCGGUCGUCGUGGCUUGGUGAACCAGGCUGCACUGCACUUUGUGAGUUUGGUACAGAGCGUGGUGAUUCUGUACGUGAGUGUCAAGUAUUGCAAGACCCAUGGACGUGACACGACCCACACAACGUCCCAGCUGCGUGUUUUCUCACACGAAGUGGAAACAGACGUUAUCUGUGUAUUCGCGAUCGGAUACUUCGUUUGGGAUACCGUGAUCUCGAUUUUCUACUCGUCGCUGCCCUUUGUGUUGCACGGAGCUGUGUCUGCGCUAAUGUUCUCGAUCGGGUUGAAACCUUACAUCCAGUUCUAUGCGCCAGCGUUUCUGAUGUUCGAGCUUUCCAAUCCGUUUUUGAAUUUCCGGUGGUUUGGCAUCAAAUUCUCGCCCCAGCUGUCGGAGAGCAAUCGAUCGAUGACGGCGCGUGUGCUGAACUUCCUGCAACUGGCCAACAACGUUGUCUUGAUCGUGAUGUUCUGUGGCUCCCGAAUUGUGUGGGGAUGGUACCAAAUUUUCCAGCUAUGUUGCGAUUUUUGGCAGGUACGUCACGACCCUAGGUUUUUGACACUCGAGACGUUGACCAUUGUGUCGGGGAAUCUAAUUUUGGACGUGUUGAAUCUGGUGUGGUUUUGCAAGAUGUUGAGCGUGGCCAAACGCAUUAUCAGCAAGCGUGGCAGAGUUCAAGAUAAGCCUGCCACGGAAGCUCAUUAG